AUGAGCAACUAUCCUCGCCGAAGCGCUCGGCUAUCUCCACAAAUGCAGCAGAACCAGUUCCAACAGAAACCCAAUACCCUUUCUGCUCCUGCUUUCACCCAGUCCUAUUCCCAAUCUUCAAGUACUUCUACAAGUUCCCAUCCAAGCCCGAUCAGCAACACCCUGAACCCUCCCCCACCACCUCCAACAUCACACCAGCCACCACCCGGUCUUCAGCUACAGCCCUCCUUCAUGUCUCAACCUCAGCAAACCCCCCAUCUACACGCCCCUUUGCCAUCGCCCUCCCUUGGCAACAUGGAGCCAUUCUUUGGCCGUCUUCAACCACAAACACACAUGUAUGCCUCUCAAGACACACAGGCCAGCUUUCUUGGCCAACAGCGCCAGCAAGCACUAGCUGUCCAAGAGCAGAGUUACAACAAGCAAGCUCAACAACAGUAUCAAGCUCCUCAGCAGUAUGACUAUCAACAACGACAAUUACAUCCACACACCAACUCCAUGUCGCAGGAGCAUCCAUCGCAUGCUGCCCUUGCCAAUCCGGGACAAUUGCCUCCUAAUUUCCUUGCUGAGGCCGCGAAACGCGCCGAACUUGCCUGUCUGAUGCGGGACUUCGGAGAUGUCUCUUUAUGA